AUGCAGGAAUCGCCGUCUCGACGACGGAUACCGCCUAUCCCUUACCAGCAGUCGCGUUAUGACCAGGACUCUUCCUUAGAUGCUCUCCAGCAAACACCACAAAGUCGUUCCCAGGUAGAGUAUAUCGUAAGGCCAGCGUCGCCGUCUCAGCAACGUGUACUCCGUACCCUACGCCAACGGUUACGUCGUAAUCAGGAGUCUUCCUUAGACUCCCUCCAGCAGAUACCGCAACCUCAAUCCCAGGUACCUACUACCAUAAACCUAGGCCAGCUACCCUAUGCGCCCGUAUCACCCACCCUAUCACAAGUGACUUUCGGCAUAUUCUCUGCCGUCCAAGUUCCAGCGACGAGGGUAAAUGGGGAGAUUCGGAUGCCUUGCUGCGGCAAUGGUAAAGUACAGAUCCCAGUACUACCUGAAUAUCCCCCCGUCUUACGCGAGCUUCUCUUACAGACACGACAGACUCGGAAUAGUACUACUGUUUGGGACUACACGACAGAGAAGUUCCGACAGAGUAUACGACACUAUAACCAGUCAGUGUCAUUUGUUUCUGCGAAGAUCAACAUUGAGAAUGGCGCACUACAGGAUGCUCUCCCAAGGAAUAGCCAUCAAGGCGUGUAUACUCUGGUCGCAAAGGGUGAGCUUCUCCAUUUUAUAAGCAACCUACGACCAGACCACGACGACCCGAAGUAUGCACAGCUAUACAUCUACGAUAACCAGACUGAGCAGGGUAGGCUACGUCGUGCUGCGUUUCAGAAUCUCCACGACGAUAUUUUACGACGCAUUGAGGAGGUUCUCUACCGUAUAAAUCCGUUUAUCCAGACAUUUCGUAUGAAUGCGCAAACACUACGCGACCAGCCUGCCCUUGGUCUUAGUAUUGGUAUUAUUGAAGACCACGACCACGACCCAAGGAGAUGGAAUACACCAAACUGCGACGAGAUUGCAGGACUCCUCCCAGUUGGGCCGCAGGGUGAGCCAGUUGCGGAGCAGCGUGAUGUUGUGCUCCGAUACAUAGAUGGUACUCUACGCCAGAUGAGUGACCUCCAUGCGACAUAUCUCCCAAUGCGCUUUCCACUACUCUUUCCGCAUGGGUCGCUAGGGUGGAACUGGAACUACCCUGCGCACCAGAAUCCCUAUUAUCCUCGAGGCGCAGGCCGCCGUGAGCAGGCUAUAGCUAUUCCAGAGAGAGGUCGUGGUCGAGGUCGUGGUCAAGGUCGUGGUCGUGGUCGUGGUGAUCGUGGUCGUGGUCGUGGUAGUCGUGCUAUCGAAGAUGAGCAGGCUCCAGUCCAAAAUAUCGCUACUAGGCGUGGAUCUCGGCUUGGCCGUCGUGGGCAUGAGCAGGAGCGUGUUAGCCAGCAGAUGUGGUGGAACUGCUUCCUACAGCGCCGACCUAAUUCUCUUAACCCAGUACUCCAUGCUGGACGCCUAUUCCAUGAGGUCGUAAUAGACGCAUGGGCGUCAAUCCAGGGAAAUCGCCUUGCCUGGUGGCAGUAAAACCAGAGUAAGGUCCGUCGUGCACACUUUACUGGGCUCCUAGAGGCGCUUGGAAACUCUGAUGUAACUGGUCGUGAGCUGGGAAGUACUAUCGUGCUUGGGAAGACUUUCCAUGGCGGGCCUCGGUUUAUGCGAGAGCUAUAUUUUAAUGCAAUGGCUAUGGCGGCGUAUAGUGGGCCGCCAGAGUUCUUUAUUACCAUGACAUGUAACCCAGCCUGGCGUGAGGUAAUAGAUGAGCUGGCGCCAGGAGAAUCAGCAACAGACCGAAUUGACCUCUGCUGUCGCGUUUUCCAUAUAAAGCUGGCGCAGCUCCUACACGACCUAACGAAGAGCCAUGUCCUUGGGAAGUGUGUCGCGUACUGCUACUCUGUUGAGUUUCAGAAGCGUGGACUACCACAUGCCCAUAUUCUUAUUAUUACGACACCAGAUGAUCGCGCCACUUCUAUCGAAAAGAUUGACGCCGCUGUAUGUGCG